CUUCUUCCCUCCCUGUCCUGGCCCUUCUGGGACCAACAGGCCUUUUCCUCUCAAGGUGCUUCUCUCUGAGGUUUCCUCUUCUGGCCCCAGCUCUGCGCCAGGUUUGAGGGCUGGGUGGUGUUUAUCCAGAUAUCACUAGGGCCCCAGGCUCCUUCUGACUGCCCGGGCAGUGCUUUUGGAGGUGGGACCCUCACUUUGCUCCUUGAAGAGGGCCCUUGGAAGGCCAAAGAGCAAUCUCCACCAGGAGCUGAGGGUACCAGCUUCAGUUUCUGUUACUUCUCCAGCUGAAGCUGUUCCCAUCAACAACCUCCCUGCCACGGCAAGGAGAGUGUGCUGGGGAUCCGGGCUGGUGGCCUGACCUGAGGACUGGCGUCCUCACUGGGAGACUCCCACGCAGUCAGGAGAACUGAUGAGGUAAUGGAUGUAAGGGGCCAGGACCUGCCCUCCACACAGCAAGCCCCAGAAAGUGGAGCUUUGAAUGGGGUUGCUAGGCACUGGCAGGCUCUGCACUGGCUGCUUUACCUACAGUGGCCCAGAUACUGAUAACUCCACCACCAUCACUUCUCACCCGGGCUCCCUGUCCCUCUAAUCGAUCUUCCAAACACCAGCCAGAGGGGGCCUUUUCGAACGAAAAGUUAGAUCAUGUUACUCUGCUGCUUAGAAUUCUCCAGUGGUAAACGCCAGUCCCCAACAUGGCCCACCACCCCCAUGGGAUCUGGUCCCUCUCACUACUUCUCCAGUCUCCUCUCCUACUAACCCCCGCUCUGAAGAGCUGACUUCAGUCUCACCGGUCAGAUGUUCCCUGAAUGCAGCAAGCACCCCCACCUCCAGGCGCUGCAGUGGCUGUGCCCUCAGCCUCAAUGCUUUUCCCUACCCACUUAGGCUUUUACUCAAGUCACCUGUCACCCUCCACCCCCGGCAAUGAGGCUCUCCUGGACCUCCAGGCGGGCUGUCUGUACCCACCACCCUGCUUUAUCUUUCUCCCCAUCACUUCCUACCAUCUAACACAGCGUCACACUUAUUUAUUGAGCCAGGAAGUAACACUCAAGGACAGAUUUUUCUUUUGUUUCUUGCCUUAUUACUGGUACCUAAAACAGUCCUGGGAGAGACAUUCAGUACAUAUACUGGCUAAAUGAACAAUCGCUAAUGAUUACUGCAUGCCCUUUAUGUGCUAGUCCUUUCCAUACACAUCUUAUCUAAGAAUCUUUUCAUCUCCAUAACUCUCUGGUGCCAGUAUCAUUACCCAUAUUAUAAAGGAAUAAAUGACAUGCAAAAGGGACUUGUCCAUGCUCGCUCUCCCACAUCAGGGGCAGCAGUCUGAACCCAUCCUGCCUGCCUCCAAGGUCCUUGCUCUUGCUCUGCCUCGCCUGGGCCUGGAUUCUGGAGUGUCUGCAUUCCUUGAAGAAGUCCAGGGUUUCUCCAGUAGGCAGUACAGCCUGAGAGAAGGAGGGGAGUAUAUGCUGGUGGCCUAGCAACAGCCUCUUCCUUUCCGACUCACCAUAUCCCUGGGCUAAUUUGGCCUUCCAGGAGCUAUUCCUCUGACAUGCUAACCCACGCUUCCCUCCCGCACACUGUCUUCUGAAGGAUGGAUGAGCUGUCCACAGGAACGAGUGGGUGUCCUGUAGUUUCAGCUCUUUGGAACAAAGUGUUCCAAAGGCGCGCUCUCAAUCCAAAGUCCAAAGAUGGGGCUGACGACCUCUUUUCAGCCGUGCUGGUCUCUGAAGACCUGAUGGCUGCUUUGUUGUGGGGGCUGUUAUUGCUCAGAAUGUCAAAAAGUAUAGAAAGUCAGGGAUGGAAAUUCUGGAAAGUGCAGUGGAGAGGAAAAUUUCUCUGGGUGAGAUGGGUGAGGUUGGUUCUUUUCCUUUCAGAGGAGCCCAUUAACUGCAGGAAGCCAUCAGCACCGAACUGAGCAAACUCUUCCACUGUCAGAUUGCAGGAGCCAGCCUUUCAGUCUACCUCAUCAGGGCAGUGUUUCGUCUCCCUUUCCAGGCCCAGGGUUUUCCUUCAAAGGACUUUUUUUGAGGGGCUUUCUCUUCCCUCUGUGUCUGCUUUUCCAUUUCUUGCAGAAAUAGUAACUGGAUGACUGCUGUGUGCCAGGCACUGGGCACAACACUGGGGCUUCAGAAAUGAGUGACAUUUCUGACCAGAGAGGGAGACAGGCAAACAAUUACAGCACAGCGGAAAUCCAGGAAAUGCAGAAGGCCAGGCUCAGAGCAGAUGCUUACUAAACAGUAGAGGAAUGAAUGAUAAGGGAAUAUGAGGUUCCAUGGUUUAGAGAUGGAAGGCUGCCUACCCCUGUUUGGUUUUGAGGAUUUGGGGGAAAGAAGAGGAGUUCAGCAGGUGAAGAAGGGGGCGGGAGAAGGUGGGCAUGGCAUUUGAGACAGAGGGAACAGCACCUGCGAAAGCACAGAGGCAUCAACUAGCAGGGUGAAUUUUAGGAUAAGCAAGCAGUCUGGAAUAAAUGAAAUGCAGCGUGAGUGUGGAAGAGUGAGGAGGGUACCGGGAGUCCGUGGAGAGGGUACUAGGAGUCAGGUCAUGGAGAUUCCAAUGUCAGGUUGAAGUUCGAGAUUUUAUCCUGAGGGCAGCAGCUGGGUAUGGCUUCAAGCAGGAGCUGAGGAUAACUCCCAGAUUUCUGGCUCAGACCACGGGGUGGAUUUGGUGCGGUCACUGUACAGGGGCAGCAAAGCUGGGGGGAAAUGAGUUGUUUGAAUAACCUGCAGGAGGUGGUAAAAGAACUGGAAGGCAGCUGGACUGUUAGUCUGGGCCUCCCUAUCCGUGUAGUAACAUACUCCACUCUCACCCUCCUGAACUCUCUAUCCUUCAGGAUCCAGUCAGCGCUCCCUUCCGUCCUCCAGACCUUCCUGGCUACCCUAGCCUGUGUCCUGCACCCCAUAAACCCAACUGCCUGAAUCUCUAACAGGCUGUGGGUCCGAUUUCGCUGUGGGAUGUGAUCUGCCCGGCGAAGCACAAGACCAGAGUCUUGAUUUUUUUUACCUAGUGGGGUUAACCACCGCUCAGGAUGAACCCGCCCUCUCCCUCAGCCUUGAUUUCCCGCUUUGUGAAUACAGCCAGGCACAAAGUGCACGCACUGUGGCACCGGAGAAAGUCCCAACUGUCCCUAGGGCCCGUUUUUCACUCCAAGCCUCAGGUUCCCAGUCUGUCCGACGAUCUCCGAUCAAUGAUCUCCAGACGACUCCCACUCUGAUCCGCCUGUUGCUGGUAACCGGGAGGGAGGCGACCUCCCCUGGUUGCUACGGAUUGCGGCGCAGGGGCAGAGGCUCCGCCAGGCCGCUAGGGCGCGCUGCGGCAGCUGGUGCGCACGCGUCUCACCCACUCAGGCUUGCGCGCCGUGACAUGAGGCUCCCGGGGCCCCGAGAAUAAGAGGCGGAAAUAGGAGUGUCCUUACGCCCGGGUUGCUUUCCCGGUGGGUUCCUUUCCCGGUGGGUUCCUAGAAUCCACCCAGCCUCUUGCUUUCUCAAGGCGCUCAUGGCUGGCGCCUGCAUCCACAAAAAAACAGGUGUUCCAAGGGGCAAACAUGUCCACCCUGUACCCAUCUCUGGAAGACCUGAAGGUAGACCAAGCCAUGCAGGCCCAGGCCAGAGCUGCAGCCAGGAUGCCCGCCCUGCCAGUGCAGGGGACCAAUGACUCCCAGCCUCCAGUUCUGUACCCAAACCUGGCUGAACUGGAAAAUUAUAUGGGUCUUUCCCUCUCCAGCCAAGAAGUCCAGCAGAACCUGCCUCAGAUUCAUGAAGGUGCCAGUACGACGGGUCAGGUGGUGGCGCCAGUGUCCGGAAACAGCGUGGGCGUGCUGCGUGCGGAGAUCAAGCCCGGGGUGCGUGAGAUCCACCUGUGCAAGGACGAGCGUGGCAAGACGGGGCUGCGGCUGCGGGCCAUCGACAAGGGGCUCUUUGUGCAGCUGGUCCAGGCCAACACCCCCGCGUCCCUGGUGGGGCUGCGCUUUGGGGACCAGAUCCUGCAGAUUGACGGGCGGGACUGUGCUGGCUGGAGCACGGACAAAGCCCACAGUGUGUUGAAGAGGGCAUCAGCCGAGAAGAUCGUCAUGGUCGUUCGGGACAGGCCAUUCCAGCGGACCGUCACCAUGCACAAGGACAGCACUGGCCACGUAGGCUUCGUCAUCAAGAAGGGGAAGGUCGUCUCUUUGGUCAAAGGGAGCUCUGCGGCCCGCAACGGGCUCCUCACCAACCACUACGUGUGCGAGGUGAACGGGCAGAACGUCAUCGGGCUGAAGGACAAAAAAGUUACGGAGAUUCUGGCCACAGCUGGGAAUGUCAUCACCCUGACCAUCAUCCCCACAGUGAUCUACGAGCACAUGGUCAAAAAGUUGUCCCCGACGCUGCUCCACCACACCAUGGACCACUCCAUCCCGGAAGUCUGAAGCGGCAGGAGGGCAGCUCCGCCCUCCUCGCCUCCUGCAGGGAAGGGAGAGUCCUUGGGUGACAGGCUGCUUGCGGAGGCCUGCCCGCUGGGGGCGGGGCUGUCUCGAGGCGGGUGUGUUCCAGGUGGGUCUGUCGUUCAUACACACUGGCCUCCUUGGGCUAAGGGGACUAAGGCGGGGGGCCCACUGGCAGCGAGUCUCUGUGCCGGUUUAAAUGCUGGGCGUGUAGGCAGGCCGGCCACUUUCCGAAAGUUGCAUCUGGGUCUCUUUCAAGAUUUUGCCUCUACCAGAAAAAACAGUUCCACGUUUUGAGAGAACAAACACAUUCUUUGUGAGAAUUGGUCUUCCUUUACUUGCUCUUUGUCACAAACUGUAUAUAGUCAUAACCCUUCACUGUCUUUUGAAUAGAGAUUUGAUUUUAAAUGAAA